AUGAGGAAUCAGACACUUCUGAGAAGAUUCUUACUCUUAAGACUUAUGGACAGCAAGGCACUGCUUGGGCUGCAGGCCACCCUCUUCUCCCUGGUCUACCUGGUGUCCAUGCUGGAGAACCUGACCAUCCUCCUCCUCACAGUUCUCGACUGCCACCUCCACACCACCAUGUAUUUCUUCCUCAAACAUCUGUCCUACCUAGACCUGUGUGUCAUCUCCACUACAGUCCCCAAAUCCAUUGUCAACUCCAUCAACUUCAGUGACUCCAUCUCUUUCUUGGGGUGUGUGGGUCAGCUCUUUUUCGUGGUCCUUCUGGUAGGGUCAGAGGAGAGAAUCCUGCCUGCCAUGUCCUAUAAUCAGUAUGUCGCCAUAUACCAUCCUCUGCACUAUGAGGCUGUCAUGAGCAAAGGUUUCUGUGUCCAGUUGGUGGCUAUGUCCUGGCUCAGUGGAGUAGUGGUUGGGAUUUUGUAUUCAUCUGGGACAUUCUCUCUGGAGUUCUGUGGCUCCAACAGGAUUCAUCAUUUUUUCUGUGAUGUGCCUUCCCUACUAAAGCUCAGUUGUUCUGAGGAACAUGCCACUAUCAAUGUCAGUGUGGCCCUUGGAGCCCUCUGUUCGUUCUCAUGUUUGGUCUGCAUUGUGGUCUCCUAUGUGUUUAUAUUCUCUGCUGUGUUGAAGAUCCCAUACAUGCAGAACUGAUCCAAAGCCUUCUCCACUUGCACCCACCUGGUGGUUGUGGGAACCUUUCUGUUAACAGGUUUUGUUGCUUAUCUGAAACCAGCCUCCAAUGCUUCUCUUAUUAUAGACGUGCUGUGCUCUGUGGUGUCUCCUGUCUUAAACCUCAUUAUCUACUGCCUGAGGAACAGGGACAUUCAGUCAGUCCUGUGUAAAGUGCCAAGGAAAGUGAGAAGGGGACUAAUAGGAGAUUGA